AUGGCCCCAGUGAAGGCGGUUGAAAAAGCCCCCAAGUGGCAGACUGUCUUUCAGGUGAAUGAGACGCCUUCAGACCCCGUAUAUCACCCCCGUCGGGCUCAUAAAAAAUCUCGAUCGGGGUGUUUGACUUGUAAGAAGCGACGCCUUAAGUGCGAUGAAGCGAAACCGUUUUGCAACAGAUGCCAAAAAAUUGGUCUUCCAUGCAGUUAUUCUGCGCCAUCGAAAUCCUCAAGUCACGGUAGUGAGGCUGACAAGCCGGAUGCAGUCAUAUCGUCAUUAUCACAAUCUUACAUGACAAUGAGGAUUGAAGAUGCACUGCAGACUGAUUCAUCAUUCAGAGAAGCAAACUCAAAUAUCUCAAUCAGCGUUCUUGCUUUGCAGAAUUUCAUCAACUGUUCGACAGAAACGAUUGUCAACCCCAUGAUCCGCCAGGUCAUGAAGAAUGAUGUGAUACAUGUCGCCUUUUCUAAUUCCUAUCUCCUACACACAAUUAUCGGUGCUGGUCUCCUCCACAUCAACCGCAAGUCACCACCUACUCCAACGCGUCGGGUUGCGGAAGCAUAUUUCUGGCAGCAAGCGAUACAGCGAUAUCAAAAAGCUCUCCAAGGCAAAGUCAGUCAGGAUAACGUAGACGCUCUGCUGUCGACAUGCAUGCUCAUGAGCGUCAAUUCUCUCUGUCCUGAGAAAUUCAGCCCCUCCGAUUCCUGGGUUCUAUCCCCCAAACCAGGUGCGAUGAAUUGGCUUUGUCUGCAAAGUGGCCUUCGGUGUAUCUUGGAGCUCGCGGAUCCGUAUAUUCCUGGCAGUAUCUGGUACAACGCGUUCAAAGAAAGUCAGAAAAUCGAAGGCGCUAUUCAUGAUGAUCGAGUUGGUCGGGCAGAUCUCGAUCCGAUACUGGCAGAUCUAUGCGACAUUGAUGACUCGACGACUUCGGAUAGCAAUCCCUAUCACAGUCCAGUUCAAAUGGUCAGUAUUAUGAUGGGGUUGGAAAGGAAUGCGAUCAACUCGGGUGUUUUUACCACCUUUGUGGGUCGAUUGGAGCAUGAUUACCUUGAUCUUCUUAGAGAACGGGACGAGCGUGCUUUGAUUCUGCUGGCAUAUUGGAUGGGUCUGAUGUGCUCUGUCUCCCAAUGGCAGCCAUGGAUUGAAGGGAGGAUACGAGGUGAAUGUGUUGCCAUCUGCAUGUUCCUCGAGGGCAGUCUUGAUCCACGAAUACUCGGGUUGCUUCACUUUCCUGCGACUGCUUGUGGAUAUACAUUAAAGGAAUUACAAUGGUCGUUUUCAUGUUGA